CUGUGCUUCAGUGUGUGAAAAGAGCUUAUUGGUUUUAAAUCGAUUUUGCCGACUGUGCGGCUGCCGAAGCAGCAAAAGGAAAACAGAUUCAGCAGGACAAGUCGAGAGCAGCGCAUCAUGGCCGAUUACUUCGAAGAACUGGGACAUACGCCCACAGGACCGGAGGGCGCCAAUGAUUUUGACCGGCAUUAUCGCCGUCUCCAGGUGCUGGCCAUCAUGAAUGGCAUUGAUAUGGAGAUCGAGGUGCCGGAGGCAUCUAAGCGGGCCAUAGAAGCGCUCCCGAUCCAUGACAUUGCCGCCGACGAGGUCAAAGAGGAUUUCGAGUGUGCCGUGUGCAAGGAGCCAGCGCAAGCCGGUGAUAAAUUCAAGAUUCUGCCAUGCAAGCACGAGUUCCACGAGGAGUGCAUUUUGCUGUGGUUGAAAAAGGCAAACUCCUGUCCCAUUUGUCGCUUCAUCUUCGAAACAGACGAUGAGGUUUAUGAGGAAUUGCGACGUUUCCAGCAGGAUGCGGACAAUCGACGUCAACGUCAAGACAAUCUAAUGAAUUCCAUGUUUGGUUAAUAUCAAAAUAUUUAUCUACUUUCAUUCGGCGGUGUAAUCUUUGGUGUGUGUAUAAUGCAAUAAAAAAUAUAACAAAUAAA